UCAUUUCUGGUUUCAAAAAAAAAAAAACACCACUUAUAUUGAAAUACAUCUAAUCUAAGGACAAACAAAGAUCAUUACUACAACAGGGAAAAAGAAAUAGAAUUUGAGAAAUGGGUUUUUUCUCAAUUCAAAGAUUCAUAUUUUCAUCAAAUUUUCUCUUCCUUUUUCUUCUCGUUCCACAAUCUUUUGUCCCGGAAACAAUCGCCCUUGAAAACAACAAUCCAACAGCAUAUGAAGUUCUCAAAGACUUCGGUUUUCCAAUUGGUAUUCUCCCAAAAGGUGUUGUGGGCUAUGACUUCGACCAUUCGUCGGGAAAAUUCUCUGCUUUUUUGAACGGUAGUUGUAGUUUCACCAUUGAAGGGUCUUACCGAUUGAAAUACAAGAAUACCAUUAAAGGGUAUUUGUCAAAGGGCAAAAUUGCAAGCUUGGAAGGUGUUAGUGUGAAGCUUUUCUUCAUGUGGGUUAAUAUUGUUGAGGUCUCAAGGAGAGGGGAUGAUCUUGAGUUUUCUGUUGGGAUUGCUGGUGCUGGCUUCCCCGUUGAUAAUUUUGAAGAAUGUCCUCAAUGUGGGUGUGGGGUGAAUUGCAAUGAUAUUAAUCAACAAAAAGUAAGGAAGAUUUGGAAAAACCCUCUUGUUUCUUCUAAUUAGCAGAAGUUUGUCUGAGAGGAUUGUACUAUUAUGGAUCCUUGUUGAACUUUAAUGCAAAUCAAUGGAAUGGACUGUGCUUAUAUUAACAAA